AUGGCUCCUACAUCAUCCUUCAUCUUCGUGUUGGUUAGAAAAAGAUUCUGGUUGAUCCAGAUCAGCGAUAGCGAUCUCUUUGUAUCACCCCACUACUUCCGCGAUCAUACAGAGCCUACCAGACUACGCCGUGUGUUCGGGUGUACGGGUCAAGAUACAGCUCACCAUGAGCUGUUAUGGGGUCGGUUCACACAGUUGGCGCCAUAUGGCAAGAAAAUCUGGGUAUAUUGUGGCUUCUUCGAACAAGAGCUGGCUGAGGAUAUGAUGAGUGCCACGGGCGAAAGCACGUGUAGUCACCGACAAGCGGAUAUUAAGAGAGGCAUGGGAUAG